AUGGCAAUCGAGAACCAGGCACCGACGGGACAGCUGAGUUCACCAUCUCCAACUUCUGCGACUUCAUCGAACACUAUCAACAUGAACCAAACGGCAAUCAACGGAACCCAUUUCGACGGGCUUAAUAAUCCCACCCCCCCACGUCGCCCAUCCUACGAAUCCGACGACGAGUCCGACCCGGCGAGACCUAGAAAACGCCCUGCAACGUUAGCCACAGUCGAGCUUCUUAGUGCUGAGUGCAUGGCUGCUGAAGCGAACAACUUGAGAGAGGACGUAAAUAUGGCCAACAGUUCACCUACCGUUCCCAACGAUACUUCAUCCGAAGACACAAUGGCCGGCGACGAAAUCGAAGAACAACAACAACAAGGUGUGGUUGUUGUUGUAAAUACGAGGACGGAAACAUCCACAGCUGCAAACGAGUGCGAAAAUACAAUCGACCCAGACUUACAAGCCGUUCCUAAAUCUGACGGUACACAUCCAUCGCCGGACUCUGAGGAUUCCUCACCGACAGCAGGUGGCUCGGAUGCCACCGAGGAGGAGUCUUAUAAAAAUAAAAAUUAUGUCAUAUCGAAAGAAAGAGAAGGUCAGAGGGAGCGACGAGAGGUCGUCCAUAUUUUAGAUGACGAAGAUGAGGAGAUUGACAGUAACAUGAAUCAGGCUCCUGAAUUUGAGCCCUUUGCGACAGAAAUCCUUCCACAGCUGCAACCUCGUACACCUACAGAUGCUGCGGGUAGAGCCUUCUUUAUUCCUAUGUAUACAAAAGUUGGCCAGGAUUUGCAAACCGCACUCGUCGCAUUUAGAGAACUUCUCCCAUGCAUUAGCCUGAUAGCAGACUCAGUUAGCGAUAACUUUGGGCAAGCAUAUAAUGAAGGGUCCCAUGCAUGGAAAUAUGCAGGGCAUGUCAUGAACAAUGCUAUGAAAAGAGGUCCGCACCUCGGGAUUGCAUUCUCAAAUCAACCUCUACGAGCUCAACAGAUGACCGCCUCGAAAGGAAUGUUCCAAACUCUCAAGGCCUUUUUCAAGCUUUGUUUGAGAGUAGUUCAACAUGACAUAGACAGAAUACAGUCCAAAACCCCUCUCCCAUACAGGCCGUGCUCGUUGACAUAUCUUGGCCCCGCCGCAGACCUUUGUCGCCUGCAGCCUUUGGCACUACCCCAACACUACACCGAAGCUUCUCAGGUCAUAGCUACUGAGUUUUGGUUUGGCAUCAUCGAUUUGGCUUUAGAUGAGAAUUAUGGAUUUGGGCGUUACGGGACAUAUCUCGACUUAGCGCUAGAGCGAUUAUCAAAACAACCAGAUUUGAUAGAUCAUGUCAAGCAGCUCUUCAGAUUACCGACCGCAGUGCUUAAGAUGACUGUGGAGAUGAACACCUUUGGUGACCCAUUCUCGGAAGAGAAAGCUCGGGCCGCCAGGGCCAAAAUUAGCAGGCAUACAUACAAUAUGAGCCUAAUUACGCAAAAGAAGCUAAAAGAAUUCAUCGGCGACAAUUUUUUGGAAUCUAGAGAGGAUUUCAACUCUCUUGUCGAAUAUGCUGCUCAUCUGCUCAACGAAAGUGUCGCCGUCAAUCCAGCUCUCAUUGAUGAUAACUCUGAAUUUCGACUAGCUGUUGACUUUGCUUCUUUCCCGCCCGAAUACUAUGCUUUAAUAUCGGAUGCCUGUUUACGAAUGACGAUUUACGAUCUUGCACUUCGCAAAUGCAAGAAGCUAGAGAUUAGGCUUCAUGCAUUAACGACUAUUUGUAACGAACUGUUAGAGGUUUGGAAAAAGCGGGCCAUGAAGCGGGAAGACCCGCUCCUUCAAUGCAUAUCUCGCUUCAUUAAAAACUCGGGACUAGUUGAAUACAUACUCGGUCCCCACUCACAUUUCCAACUUAUCCAGAAAGCCGCAAAUGUGGUUGGUUUCUUGAUAGUCAUGGGCGACUUUGAUCGACACUUUGUGGAAGUAGUAUGGCAACCAAUACUGGUUGUCAAAGACCAACGGGAAACCCAUGCAACAAUUUCCCUACUUCAGGAGCUGUGCCAUAAUAUGACACUUGGCAAUCACUAUGACUCGUGCACUGCGCUAUGCCGAGCUCCGACCAAUGCAUGGGAUGAACCGCUGAUGUCCUACUUUGACCGAGUUAUCGCCGAAGUCAAGCGGCAUGGCCAACAGAACGCUGUUAAUUUGGAACUUCCUCCGUAUAAGCUUAUUAUUCAGCUCCUAACGCAGUCUUUUGAUAUCUUGGUUUCUGACCCCGGUGCUGCCUUCACCAAUUUUCUAGCGGCAAAGUUCGAUUGGCUGUAUGGUCAACUCGGAGACCUGCUGUUAUACGGUCCUCAAAUCGAGGAAAAGAAGGAGUUGAUUACUAAGUGCAUCGAGGAGAUUGAGAAGGCUACUAGCUAUAAGGCUACAAACCUAUAUAUAUUAAACGCUGUUUUAGAGAGCUUCCCUUCUCACACCGCCCGCCUCGAAGAUGGGUCGACCGUAUCGAUCGCCCAAGAAAUCGCUGAUAUUGACCUUGUCGGUCUUCUUGUUAGGCAAACGGUCCUCUGUGUCGAAGGCCAGGUCAACUUUGAAAAUCUCUACCAAGACUUGCAUCCAAUAUUCAAGCUCCUGCGACUCGCCAUGCUCCAUACUCCCGAGUUGAUACAAGACCAUCAGGGUUCGCAGCUUUGGCUAGUUCUUUGCGGCGAAGGCUCUCGUGAUCCCCGUGUCCGGAACUGUUCAUUUGGAUUCUUCAGCGAUUUUCUUUCUCAGCCUACUAGCUUAGAGGCAGCAGAGACGAAUACUUUCAUGCGCGCGAUAUUUAGGGAUUAUUUCCCCGCCUUACAGCCGUGCCUUUUCGUUCCAUCAUGUUUAGAGUUUUGCAAAAACGCUGUUCUGUAUUUCAACCAAGGCCUAGACAUCAAUGAGGACUUCGAGUUCUUAAAAAUCGAUGGGAUUAACCAAGUGUGGCGGAUAAUCACAACAGCUCCGCAAGAUGACGUUGCAAUUGAAGCAAUUAACUAUUUGGUCAACUUUUUUGCAGAUUAUCGCACAAACUAUGCCGGUAAUAAUCUACUAACGAAGGUUAAUUGCGACCUUGUCAACCAUUCUAUCAAAGAGCUGUGUGAGGCAGCAUCAUUUCUAGGAGAGAGUGGACCGGAAUCUUCUGUUCCUGAAGGCUCAGCUGCAUUGAAGUUUCGGCGGUCUCUCGUUGUGCUUCAGAAUCUCCUAGAAAGCACGCCUGCCAAUUCCAACAUCACACAGAAACCUGAGAGUUUUGAGUAUCCGGGGUUAGAUGAUGAGAUUUGUGAGACUCUUACCAUUCAGUUCCAAGGUCAUGCUCCGAAGUAUAACGGCUCGAAAUGCGAAAUCACGGUUCCUGCCACUUUGACGGGGAAAGAGUUCUAUAAUCAUCUAGGGCUCAUCACAGGCUUCCAAGCCUACAGAUUGAUUUAUGCAGGAAAAGAACUAUUUUGGACCGAAACAGAAAGCACGUUGUCGGAGCUCCAUGUUCCAAACAGGUGCUCGAUGAUGCUGCACAGUCGGACGACGCCAAUUAAUUUGUCGGGUCUGACGACGAAUGAGGCCGUACGAACAGAGGUUCAGAAGCACUUUGCAGAUCUUCAUCAGCUCUUAACACUGCCGGACGAUUAUAGCGGGAAGAUUUGGCGUCUCGUUGGCCGGUUUAAUCCCCCAAUUGAUAGGUAUCCUGAGACGAAGGAGAGCCUCUUGGCAUCCCCGAUUGAGUCCGCCACACACCAUCCCUUCAAGCUGCUCUAUGAUCUUGCCAUAAUCAGAACCGUAGUCGAACAUGCUACCGUUGGAUUGCUGGACUCUGUAGAAGUGUAUGCUCUAUCGGAAUGGGUGGCUAAAACUUUGCUAUCUUUUGAUGUUCCUGGCAUCCGAGCCUCGCAAUCUCAUACCGAAGUCGUUAUAGCACUCUUAGACUGUCUCUACCCUUUGAUAUCUCAUGCCUCUGGAACAAUUUCUUCUCCGGGAGCUGCUUACGAUGCUCCAAUUCUGAUAUCAUUCUUGCUUUCACUGCUGAAUGAGUUUCAGGGACUAAUUACGUCUGAGGCUGGGAAGGUUGGCGUUAAGGCAUUUAGAUCAGUCCUCUCGCUUGCUAUCCAGAAUCCCAAUGGGCUUGAAAUAAUCCUGGAUAAUGGCCAAUUCCCCGCUUCUCUCAAAUCAUUCUUGCUGGAAGAUAUCCGCGAGGAUCUGCGGAAGGAUAUUUGUGCCGCUGUCACCAAUGCUAGCCAUGAUGCCUUUGUCGCAAUUCCCGCGGGCCAGGACUCAACUGAAGGCAUAUCCACAGAGGCUGUCAAAGUCGCCUUGUACAUUUGGAAGAGUCUCUACAACCUCAUUCCACAUACAUUGAACGCCGUAUCCCAGAGCCUCGAAACUUUCCACGCCACCCAAGAGGUUUUCGUCUUGAUAUCUAGUUACGAACAAUUUGACACGCCGAUCCCUAAAUUCUUUUCGGACUGGUGCGAUUUGCUCCUGGAACAUAGUUGUCAGGAAUCCAUCGAUGUUCUUCUUCAAGAUAACGUCAUAUUCGGACUUUCAAGUCUUUUGACCGCUUGUAUCAAGAUUUCGGAUAAUGGUUAUGAUUCUUCGUGGACAACUAAACCUCAACUAGGGAUACUUCUUCAAGAGCGUUUCUUAUUCCCACAACUUACUAGUGAAAGGGAUGAGGAGGCAAUGGAUCUAGGCGACGCGAAUACGGCCAUUGUUUUGACAACUGAAUCACGUAGUCUUCUAAACCAGUUAUCGACGAUGGUACUACAAACCCCCGAAGAUAUGGAUGCGCUAGUCAGGUUUCUUAAGGAAAUUCUCACCGAAGCUGCGCCUGGGCUCCCGACAAUGUUCAGCGUCGAUCGCAGCCGAUGGCUUCGCUCCGAAGCUGGGCACGUAGGGCUAAAGAAUUUGUCGAACACCUGCUAUCUCAACUCGCUGUUGACACAACUUUUCAUGAACCUCCCAUUUCGAGAAUUUAUCCUGAAUGCGGAUUCUAACUCAGAGACUUUCAACCCACUCGAAACUCUCAAAACGAUUUUUGCGAACCUCCAGAAUUCAUGGCAGAGAGCUUUCGAACCCAAGGAUUUCGUUGCUACGAUUCGUGAUUAUGAUGGAGAGCUCAUUGACGUUGGCAUUCAGAUGGACGUGGAGGAGUUUUAUAACCUUCUUUGCGACAGAAUCGAAAGUCAAAUCGACUCCCCGGAUUCUAAAAAAGACUUUCGAGGUUUCUUCGGUGGCACGUUUGUUCAACAGGUUAAAUCAAUGGAGUGCGAGCACGUUUCGGAACGAGAGGAGUCGUUUUCCGCAAUUCAAUGCGAUAUCAAGGGAAAGAAAAACCUUCAGGAAUCCUUAAAGGCUUUUGUUGAAGGCGAAACCUUAAAUGGCGACAAUAAAUACUCCUGUACGAAUUGCAAUAAGCACGUUGAUGCUGUUAAAAGAACAUGCCUCAAACAGAUCCCAAAUCAAGUCAUCUUCCAUCUCAAAAGAUUUGAAUUUGACUUGAGGACAAUGAAUCGAAGCAAGAUCAAUGAUGUUUUCGAAUUCCCUACUAGAAUCGACCUGCACCCAUUUUCGAUAGAAGCGAUCAAUGGUACACAGCAAGGAGAUGCUAUAAAGGAUGAAUUCGAAUUAGUCGGCGUUCUUGUUCAUAGUGGCACUGCGGAAACUGGACAUUACUAUUCCUACAUCAAGGACAGAGAGGGCAAGACUAUCGAAGGGGUACCUAUGUGGUUCGAAUUUAACGACGCUGAUGUGUCCUUAUUCGAUCCUUCUACUAUCCCGUACAACUGUUUUGGGGGUACUGAUACAAUACCAUCUAAGGACGGACUGCUUCCACACUCUUUCAUGAAGCCAUAUAGUGCCUAUAUGCUUUUCUAUGAGCGUAUAGCGUCACAACCCCAGCAACCCCGUGCGCCGAUAGAAGUUGAGCCUGAACUUUAUAAGAACAUCUUCGAGGAGAACGAGAACGCCUUGCGACGGUACUGCUUGUUUGAUACAUGUCACCUGGACUUUGUUUCUGGGCUUAUGCACCGCCUACAGGAGCUCAAUGGUGGAUGUUGCACUGAAGAGCAUGACCUUGAGGAUAAUACGUUGCAGCUAAUGCUUGAUAUAUUCAGUCAAAUCGCCAUCAAGAUAAAGGAUUGUGAGCAAACUAUCGACUUCCUUUCGGCACUGGGAGAAACCAUCAAAGGAUGCAGUCUCUGCUGUAAGGGUUUACUCUAUUGGCUAGAGAUUCAUCCUGAAUAUCUCAAAAACACACUCCUCAAAUGUGGUACCCCAAGAGUUCGACAGGAAUUCGGGAAUCUUAUCAUAUUUGCUGCUCAGAAUGUCGAUAACGGAGGGCCUAAACAGCUCGAGUUUUUCGAUUCGAUGACCCAUGAGUGUAACGAAUAUUUCGAGGUACUAUGCUACCACAUGAGGGCAUGGGACGACUACUUCGGCUUCCUUAGGAACGUUGCCGAAUUGUCGACCGAGAUCGCUGUCCAAUUCAUCAAUGCUGGAUUCUUGCAAAGAUCCCUUGAAAUUUUCAUGAUUGAGUUCCUUCCAAGGGCUACUAAAAUGAAAUAUGGCGCUCUUGCUAGGUUUGUUGAUAAGGGUCGGAAGAUGCUUCAUUCUGGGCUUCUUGAGUUCAUUGCUGCUCUCCUAGAGGUUUGCGAUCUUCACAACGUGAUCGGCGAUGGUGAUGAAGAUGAAGAGGAUGACGCCAAUCGGGAAUAUCAUGAAGGCUAUGGUGUACCUAUCAGUCGUAUCGAACUAACUACUCUUAGGCAUUGCACUAAGAAGAAUGGCCUUUAUAUUCUCUACAAGUCUCUGGACAUCACAGCCAGCAUCAAAGCGAUCAACAAGAUUCUGAAAAAGCUGGUUUCCUGCGACCCACAGUUGGCGUUGCUGCCUGAUAUCGCUAGGGCUCUUCAUGCGACAGUCGCUGUCGACCCGGCACAUCUUGCCGAGCCCUCAUUGCAAGCCAUUAUCGUGUUCUUAGAGAAUGUGAAGCAGGCCGCUGAGGUCCGAGAUAUGGUUCGACGAAUCGCGAUGGAGGUCAAAACUAUCGGGGCACAUGGCGGGGUUGAACACUUGAGCUUCUUCAAGACAGCUUUUGUGACCCGCAAUCCGAACUUCAGCCCUGCUUUUAUCCCCAACCAGGUCACAGAAAACGCGAAAAUUUGGGCACCUCCUUUGCUGACCUACCAUGACGAAGCAGUCCGAUCUGCGACCCAAGACUUCUUGCUGCGAAAUUUUGUGGGCGACAUUCCGAACCAAAGCGAGAAAGUGCGAAGUAAUCAGAAAGAGUUGCUACGAGAUUUUACCGCCCAUGCUAUCGCUUGGGUUGAUGCGAAAUUUGCGAAGACUCGACCUCAGAUGAUACGGGAUGAAACCCGACUUGCGAAUAUUCUACAAAUAUUAGGGUCUUGUUGCGAAGGCAUGGAUGAUAUGGAUGAAGAUGUAGAACUUAGACUCAAAGUCGAAAAUAUCAGGAAUAGCGUCGAUCGACUAGUUGUAUUAGAAGAGGAUGAGCCAAGUGAUCUCGCCAACUCUGACAGUGCUAGUCUCACACAGGAGAUUGACCUCCUUGAUAAUGACUAUAGUAGUAACUGA